AAUGUAUUAUUUCAAGCCCCUUCUAUUGUGUCUAGCACGUUCUCGUUCGGCAGUAAACCAAUCCCUUAGUAUUAUUUCACAUAUUUUUUCCACGUAUUAUUACUAAUAAUCAUCAGAUUCAAGAAAUUUUCAUAUCAAUGAAUCACACGAUAUUAAUCAUCGGCCAACAUGUACCCCACCAAACUCGCCAUCCCGAAGAUCGAGAUCAACUUCGACACCCCGAACCGGGAGCGCUUCCUUCGGGACGAAUUCUCCCAGCGCAACAGCGCCAGCUAUACGGUUCUCGGUCGCGGUAGCUACGGCGUGGUCAUCAAGGCGGCCUACAAGGGCCAACACGUGGCGGUGAAGAUUGUGGAAAAGCAUCGGAAGUACCGCUGCCGGUACGAUUCGCUGCGGAAUGAGGCAAACGUGCUCAACCUGAAGCACGAGAACAUUGUGCGGGUGUUGAAGAUCAUCUCCGGGGCGCGGUACGGAUUGGUGAUUAUGGAGCGCUUCGAUGGGUACUGUUUGCAGAGUGUGCUGAAUCGGGGCUAUGAAGUUACCGUCUAUCAUCGUUUGUUGAUUCUGUGCGACAUAAUUAACGGACUCUGCUUCUGCCAUCGUCAUCAUAUUGUACAUUUGGAUGUAAAACCUCAGAACGUGAUUAUUUGUGUGCUGAUCCCGGAUUUCCCAGCCAACAAUAGAUGUUCAUCGAUUAGAAAUUACACCUGCAAAUUAUGCGACUUUGGAUCGUCGGUAGUUUUGAAUAAACCUAGCGUGGUUGAAUCGAAGAAUAAUCGUGGCACGAUACGAUACAUGGCUCCAGAGUUGCUUCGAGGACUGGAUGGGAUAACCGAGAUGGCCGAUAUCUACUCGUUUGGUGUGACGAUGUGGCAACUGAGCGAAGGGAAAGACCCUUAUGAAUCAAUCGCAUCCAACGAAGCCGUUGCCUACAAUGUGGUCAAGAAGAAGAUCCGCCCCGAUAGCGUUACAACAGCGGAAAUAUUGCGCUCGGAACCGGUGUCUAUUCCAGCGGCGAAAAAUCUCAACAAUCAAGUACGUGGUCGCAAAAAUAGCGACAACUCGAUGGAGUCUUCCCAAACUUACCUGAAGGGUAAUGGCAACUCGCACAUCAGCUUCCACAGCAGCAUUCUGAUUUCUUCGAAUGCAUCCGACCAUCAGCGUCCCAGUAUCGACUGUUCAACAGACGCCAUGCGUGACGAGCUUCAGCAACAGGGCAUCGACCUCCUUGAGGAGGUGGCUUCUACCGCGGAGCACGAUGAGGAUGAGUUGGACGAUGCACCGAGUAUGGCGUCACUGAGUGCCCUCUUCGUGCAGGCUGUUGAAUUGCAUGCCGUCAAUCAGAACUUCAUCCGACAGGAGUAUAGGAAUUUGUACCGGAAAUGCUGGCAGCAUGAGGCCGUGCGUCGCCCAACAGCUGCCGAUGUUCGUGCCACGUUGCACGGUAUGGUUGAGCGGAUUGUCUGUUGUAAAUAGUUACCAUUGUAUGUUCCGUUUGUAUUGGCGUUGAGUGUUACCUUUUAUCACUUGUUCAGCUCCAUGGCAGCUACCGAGCUGUUGAUAGCAUGCGAGCUCAUGUUUGUUGUGUUGUCCUCUGUAUGUAUGUUCACAAAGUUUUCCUAGAUUAGGAAUUUUAUAUUAGAAAGUUUUUUAUCGAUAUUAUUUUAAAUAUCCUUACAGUAUCGUUGUGCGAUAGGUAAUAAAGAAUUGUCAUCGCAUUGAAAUGCA